AUGGGUUUUCAAAUUCCACAUCACAACAAGCUUGAACCGAUCAGUACGAACUCCGAUUCCCUUCACAAAACAUAUCCUCGUGAUAUGCUCUUAGAUAUUCCGUUUGGUUUUGAUUUCCAGAGUGAUUUGAACAAAUCGUAUGUUAUUCGCUUAAACAAAUUCAUUUCAGAACAGGGCACACGCGAGGAUAUCCUACGACGUUGCUCAUCUUUUUUAGUCUCAACUAUUGUUUUUCUCGGUCUUUUCUAUAAUAUAUGGAGCAGCCUUUUCCCACUGCAAAAACAACAUAUUCAUCGACUUUCCAUAUGGCCGUCCUUGCUCGGGUUGUUUGGUUUUCUGGUGUUUGUGUGUGCUGUGGCUGUAAUGAUUCUAGUUCGAGCAGUAUUCACUCCUAUGCAGAAAGCUAUGCUUAUCAUUUUGCUUGUUUGGAUGCAUAUUCAAUCUGCUAACUCGAUUCUCGAAGUUUGCCUUAUAUUACUCGCUGGAUUGUUCAUGGCGUGGUAUGCUUUUGUGAAAAAGGAAUCGCCAAAUGAUGAAAGUGAUGUCAAAUCAUCAAAUAUGCUAAUGAGUUGUCAGCUCAAACAAUGA